AUGUUACAACGGACGUUUACCGGAACAUGGCUACCGGCAUGGGUGCCGGAGUCGACAGUUGCUCUCGCCUUUCUAUUGAUGUUCUGUUCCACCGUUCAAUCGGCGACUGGUGGAUAUGAUGGUUCUAUGUUGAACGGACUGAACAUUCUACCAUCAUAUACGGACUACUUCGAGUUGACCCCGGCGACAACAGGUCUAAACACAGCUUCUGUUUUUAUUGGAUCUACCUUCGGAAAUCUUGCCGCUGGAAUUCUAACUGACAGACUCGGGCGACGUCCGGCGAUUUUUUGGGCAUCUGUCGUCACUCUUAUUGGCAUUAUAAUCCAGACAGCGGCGCAGAACAUUGCUAUGUUCGUUGUCGGUCGCAUUAUCCUAGGCCUUGGAAAUGCUGUUUCGGGUGUCUCAUCCGGCGUGUACUUAUCCGAAGCCUUUCCAAACCGGUGGCGUGCGUGGGGCGUCGGGUUACUGAACGAUUUUUAUUACAUUGGCGCCCUGAUUGCAGCUGGAAUAACCCUUGGAACUGGACAAUGGCAAUCAACAUGGGCGUGGCGGCUCCCUUCAUUGAUUCAAGGAAUCUUCUCCUUACUCUGUAUCGUCAUCCUACCCUUUGUACCCGAAUCGCCGAGAUGGCUACUACAUGAAGGACAUUUUGAGGAUGCACGGAAGUCGGUAGCGCAACUGAACUCAGACGGCAACCUAGUAGACCCUGUGUCCAUUGCCAUCUACAAGGAGAUUCUUGACGCCCUAGAAUGGGAAAAGAAAGAAGGCAGGACAAUGAGCCCUAAGGAAAUCUUCAAGACUCCAACCGCGAGGAAGCGACUACUCAUUGGAAUGUCCGCAGGGCCAUUUUCAUGCAUCGCCGGCAACAUUAUCGCUUCGUACUACCUCAGCGCUGAACUUACGACGGCGGGAAUUUCAGAUUCAACCGACCAAUUGAAAGCUAAUGUCGUCUUGAAUGUAUGGUGCCUUGCAUGCGCUCUUACUGGAACUCACCUCGUGGCAAAUUGGGGCCGCAAACCAACCGCUCUCACCUCGCAAACCCUACUAAUCAUAUGUCUGUUUAUCAUCGGAGGUCUCUCUAAGAUGUAUGCAGAUAACCCAGAUGGCGCUUCGAAGAGUUUAGUAUAUGGAGAUGUCGCAGUCAUGUUUCUGUUCCAAGGAUUCUACUCAAUCGCCUGGACCCCUCUACUUUACCUCUACCCGCCAGAAAUAUUUUCGGCUUUAUUCGGUCACUCGAGUCUAAACGGAGGUUCCUAA